CCAAUCCACGCGUCCAAUACAAUGUGGAGGGACCAAGCGAGUCACAAGGAAUCUGUUACUGUUGCCAUGUCCCUUCCCUAUUAUUGAGCAUCUAUCAGGCCCCAGCAACAACUCUCACAAUCAUUCCAAUUUCCACACACAAACUAAUUUGAUUACUAGUUGAAGCUAAUAUUCAAUUAUUACUUCAUCCAAUUUGGCUAAUACUAGAGACAGUGAUGGCAACUCUGGAAGCAUCCAAUGAAGCCAUGGCAACUGUGGCAGAGAAGGCACCAAUAACUGCUCAGAGGAAUGUCCCUCAUGAAUUGGACACCAAGCUCCCCAAACCCUAUAUGCCUAGAGCCUUGACUGCCCCUGAUACGGAGAAUAUUAAUGGCACAUGGGGCCACAAACAUAAUAACAUGUCCGUGCUUCAGCAGCAUGCAGCUUUCUUCGAUCGUGACAAUGAUGGUAUCAUCUAUCCAUGGGAGACAUAUAGAGGACUCAGAGCACUUGGUUUCAACGUGAUUUGUUCCUUCAUAUUUAUGAUUGUUAUUCAUGUCGCUAUGAGUUAUUCUACUCUUCCUACAUGGCUACCUUCACCUUUUUUCCCAAUUCACAUAAGAAACAUACACAGGGCAAAGCAUGGAGGUGACUCAAGUACCUAUGACACUGAGGGAAGGUUCAUACCAGCAAAUUUGGAAAUCAUGUUCAGCAAGUAUGCCCGUGAGGUGCCUGAUAAAUUGACACUGAAGGAGCUGUGGCACAUGACUCAGGCAAACAGUGUUGCAUAUGACUUCUUUGGCUGGGCUGCAAGCAAAUUUGAGUGGGGAGUUUUGUACAUUCUGGCAAGAGAUGAACAAGGUUUUCUGUCAAAAGAAGCUGUCAGGCGUUGUUUUGAUGGGAGCUUGUUUGAGUAUUGUGCUAAAGUGCAAAAGGGCACAGCUGGAAAGAUGGCUUGAGAGCUUCUACAUAAUUAGCACCUUUGAAUCAGUUUAUUUUUUCUUAAAAGUCACUUCUAGCAUUGAGAAGUUACUCACUCACACAAUGAACGUCCAUUUCAAUGUUCCAUCCUAUGAUAAGUGUGUUUUUGCAGUACUUCAUGUUCACAAAGAUGGUUGUGCUUCAGGGUCUUAGAGCUCAAUGAGUUGAAAGAACAAAUAAAGUUAGGAAAAUGCAUUUCUUUCCAUUGA